AUGGUCGACUUCUACGCCGUGCUGGAAGUGGAUCACGAUGCCUCGCAGGAGGACAUCAAGCGCAGCUACCACCGCCUUGCCCUCCGGUACCACCCCGACAAAGCCGGUCCGGAAGGAGCGGCGAAGUUCAAGGAAGUCAACACCGCCUACGAGGUUCUCUCCGACCCGCAGAAGAAGUCGAUCUACGACGCCUAUGGAGAGGCGGGUCUGGAUGCGAUGGACAACCCAGUGGCCGGCGGCGCAGUCGCGGCUCUCGGCCCCACGGUGAGCAUCCUGAUCACGCUGGUACUUCUCUUCAUUACGGUGGCGAUGAUCCUCAUCUUCCUUGCGUUCCUCGUGUCUUUCGUAGAUGGUCAUCUGCGAUCGUGGAACUACGUGAAAGUGUUCUCGCCACUCUUUGUGGUUGACGUCGUGGUGGGUGUGCCAGUCUUCCUCUUGUUUUUUAUGACCGUGAUAAUGAUGCCGAAACAUACGCCGAUGCACUGCGUCUUCAUGGCCAUCCUGUGCGCUAUCAUUCUGACCAUUGUGAUCCCGAUCGCGAAGGAUCGCAACGAGUCACGCGCUCGUCAGGGGCGGACCGACUAUUUGCAGUGGCGUGUGUGGCUCAUCCCUGGCUACCUCUUUUCGGUAUUUGUAUUCUCCGCCGUCUUUUUCUCUGCCCUGCCGACCCAGAAUCGAAUUCUGAAGCUGAAGUCAAUCGGUCUUGUGCGACUCGCCAACUACCUCCCCAUCGGCUUCAUCUUCUCCAUCUUGGAGGCGGCGUGCGUGGUAGUCUUCUUCGCCCUCGUCGCGUGCCGCGCGGAUGAGACGAUUACGACGAACUACUUCGUCGUCAUUGGCGUGCCGAUCUUCGUCGGCCUCACCCUCUUCCUCAUUAACCGACUCGUGUUUAACAUUUUGGAGCUCUACAUUAGCGAUGUGCCGCCGGAGGUGCGGGCGGCGGCGCAGGCGGCGGAGGAGGCCGCCCAUGGCGGGGAACCCUCGCCGAGCGGGGCAGCGGAGCCGGAGGCGCACAACCCGUCGAACCCGAUGCGCGGCUCUGGGGAGUAUCAGGGCGGAUUGCGUGCGGACGGUGCGGGGGAGGAGCAGCAGCACUACUCCACUGAGUCGACGGGUCGCAGCCGCCACGGGGCCAACGGCGCAGACGAGGAACAGAGCGAGCGGCAGAACAACAACGACGGCGAAGGUGGUGCGGCGACGCACCCGCAUGGCGCUUCGGACGGCAGGAACCCCUACGCUGGCCAGCAAGGCUCCUGCGGUGGUAUUACGCAGAACAUGGUGACGAGUUGCCUCAUUGUGGGCCUCCUGAUGGCCUCCACGGCGAUGAUCGCGGUGCGGCUCAACUACUACUACAACUACGGCACAUACGCGGGUGUUCUCACCCUGGCCAAGGCGUGCAUUCCACUCUUCAUCAUUGUCGGCGCCAUUUUGGUAGUUCUUAUGGUGGGCAGCUUUCUUGUCUGCUGUGGGGUGGCUUCGGUGGUUGUUGGGGGAGACGCACCGCAUGAACACCACAACGCAGAGGCCGGCAACCAGCAGGAGGCGGGCGAGGAGAUGCAGGCGAACAACGGCAACGGCAAUAAUACUAAUAAUGCAGGCGCUGCUAACGGCGGCACAUCGGCGGCGGCGGCGGCAAGCGGCGAGGAAACACCUGGUGUGCCGCACCAAGAUGCCGGCACGACGGGCCGCCCAGCAGAUAAGCGUCGUCUGUCACAUGAGGUGGGCGCUACUCCGCCGGAGCGGCAGCCAGACAACCAGCACCUCUCCGAUAUUGACUAA